GUGAACCGCGUGCCCGCCGCGCAUCGCUCCCCGCCUCCGCCGCGGCGCCGCCCCGCCUCAUUCCCCGCCCCAGCGGCAGCAGACGGAACGCCGAUUCUUCGGCAGAUAAUUACAUCAAGUGAUUCUUCUCUAAUGUGCAGAAAAGAGUCUGCCAAAUCUUCCCGAAGCAGUCGACAUUGUUUUGGGUCCCCGGAUUAUCUUCCAGGGAAUUGAAUAAAACUUAAUUGAGAAUGUCUGAAAACUUUGACAAAUCCAAUAUAAGUGAAGCAGGAAAAUCAAAAUCAAAUGAUUCUGAGCAAGGCCUUGAAGAUGCUGCAGAAGGUUCUGAUGAAGCUUUACAGAAAAAAAUAAAGUCGGGCUCUCCUAGCACCCAAAGAGUGCAAAGACCUCACUCAAGUCCUCCUCGUUUUGUGACAGUAGAAGAACUUCUGGAGACAGCAAAAGGAGUCACUAACAUGGUUCUAGCCCAUGAAAUUGUAGUAAAUGGAGACUUCCGGAUUAAACCUGUUGAAUUACCAGAAGACAGUUUGGAGAAGAGAGUAAAGGAGAUUGUACAUAAAGCUUUUUGGGAUUGCUUGAGUGUCCAGCUAAGUGAAGAUCCCCCAACAUAUGACCAUGCCAUUAAACUUGUUGGAGAGAUCAAAGAGACUCUCUUAUCUUUCUUGCUGCCUGGUCACACUAGACUGAGAAACCAGAUUACGGAAGUCUUGGAUCUGGAUCUGAUAAAGCAGGAGGCAGAGAAUGGGGCCCUAGACAUUUCCAAGCUGGCAGAAUUCGUUAUUGGCAUGAUGGGGACACUGUGUGCACCUGCCCGAGAUGAGGAAGUUAAGAAACUAAAGGACAUUAAGGAAAUAGUUCCACUUUUCAGGGCAAUUUUUUCUGUGUUAGACCUAAUGAAAGUGGACAUGGCGAACUUUGCUGUCAGUAGCAUUAGGCCACAUCUCAUGCAGCAGUCAGUUGAAUAUGAAAGGAGAAAGUUUCAGGAGCUUUUGGAGAAGCAGCCAAAUUCCCUGGACUUCGUCACCCAGUGGUUGGAAGAAGCCGCAGAUGACCUUAUGAAUCAGAGGUAUAAAAAUGCCCUGCCAGCUGGGGGAGGAGCCACUGGCUCUGGGGACGGUCUCCUGCCAAAUCCUGUCACUGUCCAGAAUUACGCCUACCUGAAGCUUCUGAAAUGGGACCGCCUCCAGAGACCUUUCCCUGAGACAGUUUUGAUGGACCAGUCUCGCUUCCAAGAGCUCCAGCUCCAGCUGGAGCAACUGACCACCCUGGGGGCCGUGUUGCUGGUCACAUUCAGCAUGGCAGCCUCAGGAAUUUCCAGCCAGGCCAACUUCGCUGAGAAACUCAAGAUGAUCGUGAAGAUCCUGCUGACAGAUAUGCAUCUGCCCUCCUUCCAUCUGAAGGAUGCCCUGACUACCAUUGGGGAGAAAGUCUGCCUGGAGGUGAGCAGCCGCCUUUCCCUGUGUGGGUUCACCCCCUUUACCACGGACCAGGAGACCGUGCUCAAGGGCCAGAUCCAGGCCGUGGCCAGUCCUGAUGACCCCAUCCGCAGGAUCAUGGAUUCCCGAAUUCUGGCCUUCUUAGAAACUUGCCUUGCCUCGGGUCAUCAGAAGCCGCUGCCCACAGUACCUGGGGGACUGGGUCCAGUCCAAAAAGAGCUGGAGGAAGUCGCUAUUAAAUUCGUUCGCCUGGUCAACUAUAACAAGAUGGUCUUCAGUCCCUACUAUGAUGCAAUCCUCAGUAAGAUCCUUGUUAGCUCCUAACCUGUAUGCUCCCUGCAGCAGCAGUAUUAUCUACUCCACUCAGAAUACCUGUUCUCAACUAUUAUGUUGCUUUGGAAAAUGGCUAUUUAGUACAUUUCUAUUUAAUAGCAUUGAUUCCAAAAGGAAGAAUAUUUAUUGUGCGUCAGUGUUGAAAAGACUUGUUGAAAAAUGCACUGAAUUCUAUUUUGAGGGUUUGUAUUUCUGAGUGCAAGUUUACAAAUCAAAGCAGCUUUUUGUUGUCUUGAGUUUCAUAGGUAGCACCCGGCUUUGGAAUGGUUGACUGCCGUGUGUCUCCGCCGGUCUCUGUCAUGGCUGGGGCUGCCUCUCCUGGGAGCCGGGGACCUGUCUUCUGUUAUCUGGGUAAUUUUUCUUUCAGACACCCACGAAUGGAAGAGAAUAAGCCAUGACCUUGUUUAGACUCUUGCCCCUCUGACACAGCUUCCCACCCCGCCUCCUUCCAGGCGUUUUGUGUUAGAAGGGCUAUAUAUAGUCUUACUGCCAACCCCCCACUGCCCCUAUUUAUUGCUUUUCCCCACCUGACUUAGCAGACCCCCAGGCCCUUUUGUUCUGGAGAAGAGUUACUUGAUUUUAAAAAGCUUAUUCUUUUAUACGAAAUUACUCUUGAGCCUGGAUGGUGCCAGUUAUGAUUUAUGGAAUCUAGAGAGAGGAAGUUCUUUGACUUUUAAGCUUUGAAAGUUGAGGAAAUAUAUAUAUUUUUAAAUAUGUGUUAAUGUACUAUAAAAGGAAAUAAAUGUCUGGAGUUUUUACUGAAAAGUCACUGUGAUACAAUGCACAGAUGUAGUGACUGGAUUAGAAUUCCAGAAUUAGAGUUAAGUGUUUUCAGAUAAAAAUAGUAUGGACUCAUUUACUUCUUUGAUAAGGAAGUCAUAUAGAAAUCCCUGGGUAUUGAGCAGUAUUUUUUAAGGAACUUCAGUGUCCAGAAUUCCUGGCAUAUUUUGUGAUGAAAAGAGGAGUUUGGGUCUCAUAGAUGACCUGUUCUAUUAAAAAGUAAAAUGCGUCCAUGUGCAUGUGUAUUUCAAACAGAGACAUUGUAGUAGAAGCAGAGCCAUGAAGUUGUUGGAGUGGCCCCCAACUGCCAUAACAGCAGGGGAUGAAAUAAUGCAAGGAAUCCCUUUAUUAAAGGCAAUGAGGACAGAGAUCGAAGAUGGUGGCAGAGUAGGUGAAAGUGACAGUCACCUCCUCCUGGGACCAAACCAGAAUUACAACUAAAUUAUAGAACAGUCAUCCUGAAUAAACAACUAAAGACUAGCUGAAGGAAGUCUUAUACCAAGGAUUUACAGAAGAAUCCACGUUGGGACUGGUAGGGAGGGCGGAGACACAAAAGGGGCUGGCCCCACUUCCACAGUGGCAGCUGAGGUUCCAGAGGGAUAUCUCAGUUGCAAGGGCAGGGGUUCUCCCUAAGGAGUGUGGGGUCUAUACCCCAAGCUGUGCUCCCCAGCUUGGGACACCAGAGCCGGGAAGAGGUGCCCACAUAACAUCUGGUGUGGAAAGCUGCAGGGUUUCUGUCCGCCAGCGAAACUGGAGGCUGCAAGAGGCACAGGCACCCUCUUAAAGAGCCAACACAUAAAAUUUCCUUUGCAGCCACUCACCCUGGGCUCUGGCAGAGGGAGGGCAGAGUUGACUGAAGUUGCAUGAGGAGAGUCUGGGGUUUGUGGCUCUAGGGAGGGAGCUGAAAAGAUAGCUGCCAGGGUCCCUGUGCUGAAUCAUUUCCCAUACUUCCUCGAGUGGAACACUUCCCUCCCUGUGUCAUCAGCCUGUGGGAAAGCAAUAGCCCUGUCCUUUAAACUCCCUCUCACCCCAGCCUGUGGAGCUUACGCCCUGCUGAGGAGUACAGCCAGAGACCCUUUCAGUGACUGAGCCUAACAGGAAGCCAUGAGGUGGAGGCAGAUCAUCCAGUGCCUUGGGACUUUCGCCGGCUUGCCCCCGGGCCCGGUGCUGGUAAAAGCCAGCUUUAGUGCACAGUUUGGUCUUUCCCACUUGUACCCAGGCCCAGCAGAGGCAGCCACAAACUGUAGAUCGCUUGUAACUUCAAACAGAUUGUUGAAGGCCAGUCACAGGCAGCGUAUUAUAUUGGCUUGCACCAGAGUCCCUUCCAAGAGGUCCAGAACUAACACCCAUUGACCAGCUUCAGUCAACAUCAGAGCAGGAUCCAAUAAGCUUAACAGGUGGUAUGUCCAAAGGGAGAUCUUGGUAGGCGCCAAACCCUGUGGAGGUGAAUUAUGCUUCGUGUGGUCAGCAAUUGCACAGGAGCCCACAUGUCAUGGUUGGGUUUGAGCCUCACGGUCAGCCAGCCUGAGGGUCAGUCCCAUGCACAAAUGGACUAAUAGCAAUCAAGACUCAAUUGUGUUCUGGCCGUUGUGGCUCAGUUGGUUGGGUGUCCUGCAAGCCAAAAGGUUGCUGGUUCAGUUCCUGGUCAGGCCACGUGCCUGGGUUGUAGGUUAAGUCCCUGGUCCAGACGUGUGCAAGAGGCGACUGAUCAAAGCUCCUCUCUCAUAUCAAUGUUCCACUCCUUUUUCUCCCUGACUUCCCCUCGUCUAGAUUCAACACAGGGAAAAAUUUUUUUGAAAAAGACUCAAUUAGGACAGGAUGGCCCACAUAAGCUACACAAGGGACAUUCCUGGAGCACCCAGCUCAGGUGAUCAAGAAUACUGCACCACUGGACCCCACAGGACACCUACUACAUAAGGCCACUCCACAGAGACUGGGAGUGAUAGCAGAUCUAUCUAAGACAUAGUAAGAAACACAAAGAGGCAGUCGAAAUGGGGAGACAAAGAGACCCUAAAUGGAAGAAGAGGAGAAAUCUCCAAAAAAGAACUAAAUGAAAUGGAGGCAAGUAACUUAUCAGAUUUAGAGUUGAAAAUAAUGGUUAAGACUGCUCAACAGCAUGAAAAAGGACCAGUCAGAAGUGAAGAAUACAGUAUCUGAAAUGAAGAAUACACUGGAAGGGUUAAACAGUAAGUUGGUUGAGGCAGAGAAUCAAAUCAGCUAUUUGGAAGACAAGGUAGAAAAAAACAUAGCAAAAAAAUUUUUUUAAAUGAGGUGAGUAACAAUAUCUUCAUCAUGGAAAUAACAGAGGGAGAAGAGAGAAAGCAAGGGAUUGAGAACCUAUUUGAAGAGAUAAUGACUAAAAGCUUCCCUACCCUGGUGAAGGAAUAAGACACAUAAGUCCAGGAAGCACAGUCCCAAACAAGAUGGACCCAAAGAGGCCUACACCAAGACACAUCAUAAUUAAAAUGGCAAAGGUUAAAGACAAGUAACUUAAAAGCCACAAGAGAAAGACAGUUACCUACAAGGGAAUCUCCCAUAACACUGUCAGCUGGUUUCUCAAUAGAAAUAUUUCAGGCCAGAAAGGUUUGGCAUGAAAUAUUCAAAGCACUGAAAAGAAAGAACAUACAACCAAGACUACUUUACCCAGCAAGGUUAUCAUUUAGAAUUGAAGGAGAAAUAAAAAGCUUGUUAUCACCUAGCCAGUAUUACAAGAUGUUAAAGGGCCUCUUUGGGGAAGGAUAAAGAGAAGAAAACAAACAAACAGGAGCAUAGUUAAAAAAAUAAAAUGGCACUAAAUACACACCUAUCAAUAAUCACUUUAAAUGGCUUAAAUGCUCUGCUCAAGAUAUACAUAUACAUAUAUAUAUACGUAUAUAUACAUAUAUAUAUAUAUAUAUAUGUUGUCUAUAAGUGACCCACCUCAAAACAAAAGAUACACACAGACUAAAAGUAAAGGGAUAGAAAAAGAUAUUUCAUGUGAAUGGAAAUGAAAAAAAGUUGGGGUGUCAAUGCUUAUAUCUGACUAAAUAGACUUUAAAACCAAGGCUAUCGUAAGAGACAAAGAAGGACGCUACAUAAUGAUAAAGGGAACAAUCCAACAAGAGGAUAUAUAACCCUAGUAAACAUUUUUGCACUCAACAUAGGAGCACCUAAAUGUAUAAAGCAAAUCUUGAUGGACAUAAAGGGAGAGAUUGACAGUAACACAGUGAUAAUAGGGGAUUUUAACACCCCACUGACAUCAAUGAAUAGAGCUUCCAGACAGAAGAUCAACAAGGAAAUAGCAGCCUAAAUGACACACUAAAUCGGAUGGAUUUAACUGAUACCUUCAGAGCAUUUCAUCCCAAAGCAGCAGAAAAUACAUUCUUUUCAAGUGCACAUGGAAUGUUUUCUGGGAUAGACCAUGUUAGGACAAACAAGUUACAAUAUAUUUAAGUAGCUUGAAAUUAUAUUAAGUAUCUUCUCUGACCAUAAUGGCAUGAAACUAUAAAUUAAUCCCUGCCAAAAGAACUGAAAAUCCAUAAAGACAAAAACUAAAUAACAUUAAACAAUGAAUGGGUUAACAAUGAGAUGAAGGAUGAUAUUAAAAGAUACCUUGAAACAGGCAGUGAGGGGUGGUGUGGAUUAAGGGACAGGGUUGGAAGUGGCUAGAGAACACUGACCACGUGUCCAACCUUUUGGCAUCUCUGGGCCGCAAUGGAAGAAGACGAGUUGUUUUGGGCCACACAUUAAAUACAUUGCAACACGUAAUAACAAAAAAAUCUCAACGUUUAAAGUAAAUUUACAAUUUUGAGUUGGACCACAUUCACAGCCAUCCUGGGCUGCAUGCUGCCCAUGGGCCACAGGUUGGACACCCCUGCCAAAGACUGUGUAGUGAUACCAUGUGUCAGAGGCUUGAAGGGUUAUAUUGUGGGGGAAUGCAAUUUCUCCAAAUACACGUCACACAUUUUGCUUGUUUUUGUUUUGUUAUUGCAGUCAGAGAUGUAUGCUGCAUUAUGUGGUCAGAAGUCAUAUUCUUAAAGUUUAGACUCAAGACCCUGGAAAGGGAUCAAAGUUCAGUAAGUAGAACUUUUAAAGACCAAAAUCACAUCUUUUCUAGUGUAUUCAAUGGGGUCACUUCUGGAAUUGGUUCUGUAGUGAAGGUUGCACCACGGCAGCUGUGCUGCUUAUGGGCUGUAUGAUGUUAGCUUUCAAGCCUGAGCACCCAGGGGCGGUGCUCCUUUGCCAGCCUCAGCCUCCUGAGUGUUUGAGGUUUUAUUCCCUCCCCCUGCAAGAAUGAAGGAGAGGAAGCUGACCACGCAUACACUUCCUAUAGUUAUUCUUUCUAAAUCUCAACAAUUCUUUUUGCCUUCUUUUGUAUGAGUUAACUCACAAGAUUUGUUUUCCCUCUUAAGUUCCUAAAUUGAUAAAGUUAAAUUUGCUUGAAAUCUUAAUGCACAUUAUAUAACAGGGAGCUUCACAGACUCUCUGACCACCCCCGCCCCUCCCUCUCUCUUUUCACUGAUGUUCUUUCUACAAGUGGCAAAAGCCAAGUGUGAAGGAGGCAAAGUUCAGAAACACAGUAUUUAUAUUGAAUUGUUUUAUUGUUGCUUUGUGAAGACAAGUGAGCUAAUUUUCUUCCUGGGAUCUUAUAGGGUUAUCACCGAGGGCCAGGGAAAUUCACUUAGUUCAUUGAGUCACUCAGGAAAUGUUUGUUAAGUGUCUACAUGUGACUCCUCUCCAGCUCUCCCUCCAAGACAAAAUAUCCUAUGGCAUAUAAAUUAUCCUUCAGAAUGAAAUUAGUUCUAUUUACUACACAUAGAUUGGACUUGACAUGAUUUCCUGCCUAACAGGUUUGCGGAAACAUUGUCAGAACCACACAGAUAGGAUGUCUUACCAAUUAAAUGCAGUCGACAGAUGUGUAAGGACUUUUUUCUCUGUGAAGAAAAGUUACUAAUAAGUUUGACGUAUUAGACAUGUAAGAAGCAGGUACUGUCUGACAAUUCUAAAGGGACCAUUCAGCAAGUCUGUUUUUGUGGCAGUGCUUACUUUCAUUUCUCCAAGCCUUCAAGUUCCUGGGAAUAGAGAGGGCCACUGCCCCAGCUUUCUGGAUGAAUUUCAAAGGGAAUAGGUGUUUGCGGUUUCAUUUCCAGUGACUUUUUGGCAUGCCCUGACUUGUGUGUAUGACAUUUGCAUUUUUUAAUUUUGAGGCAGGACAGUCAAGUGGAAAGAUGGGAACUGUCAAGAAACCAGUGUUCUGAUCCCAUUGCUGUUAUGUCCCAGCUGGCGCAAAUCGGGACCCAUUGUCAACACCUGUAAAGUACAAGCACUAGGCUUGACUUUUCCAGGUCUGACGUUCUGUGACACAACUGACUUGAGUAACUUAAUAGACUGCAGUGGGACUGGGCACAAAGCUCCUGAUUUAGAAAAAGGUCUAGGUUUGAGUCUUUCCUCUGUUGCCUUCUUACUGGUUUCGUGAUAUUGGCCAGUCUUUUAGGGACUCAGAAUUUUCAUCUGUAAAAUGGCAACGUUUACCAACUCACUCUUCCUGUGUGCAUUAAAUUUGAUAAUGGAUGUUAGAAUGCUUUGUACAUGGAAAAGGACUAAAAAUUGCUUUACUAACAACGGAGAGCAUAUAACGCUCUACCUGUAGGUGCACAUCUGUUAGUGGGAUAGAUUCAACUGUUGGUACUCAACCUGCCUUCGGUCAAGCCUAUUUCAUAGGCCUACAGGGAAAGUUUUCCUCCUUGCCUGUCCCAAGACUUGCUUUCUUCCACCAUCUCUUCUGUACUAGAGCUGCAGUCUUACCUUUUCUUAUCUCCCAUCAUCCACUUUCACUUGUGAUUCCUCCCCAUCUCCCCUCUAUAUUCUUAUUUGAAGAAAUGAAUGAAUGACAGUCAUAGUGGAUGAUGGACUAUGACACUCAUUUAAAGGCAUUAUCUCAUUGAAAAUAUAACCUAAAUAAAGAACUAUAAUAUGGUUGCAGUUGUGAAUUUAAAUUGCAUUUUCUAUUAUAUAACUAUUUCUAAUAGAUAGCCUUUUAUUCAUAGUAUUUAAAGCAACUUGAUCGGAUAGGGAAGGGGAAAGCCUUUGAACCCAAUAAACUCUAUUAACCUAGUAAAUGUUCAUUGAUACUUGCAGAAAUAGCUGGAGUCGUAGAAAAUAAGCAUCAGAAACUUUGACAGGCACAAUUUUACUUAAAACUGCCCCUAGUAUGAGUUUCUAUUACAUCUGAUUAUAUUGCCUUGUGAACCUAAGAACUAGAGCUAAUCUAUAGUAUAGGCUCAGUCUGGUGGAGUUUCAUUUAGUUUUGAAAUCAGACGUGUUUGGAGUUAGGAGCAAUAGUCAGAUUUCACCAUAUUUAGGUUUGUCUUAUCUGAACUAAACAUUGAGAACCUCCUUUAAGUGCAACUUCUAGCUUAAAAGCAACCUUAAAAUUGAAGUAACACCCCUCUUCUAUUUUCCCCAUUCUCAUUCACGUUGCCUCUGCUUUUUUUUCGUAAAACCACCUCUGCUUUUAAAAGCACUGUCGUCUUUAUGCUCAAGAGUAGAACUUUAGUGAGGGGUCAUCAGACAGGGAAGAAAAUUUUAGUAAACUGCUGAAUUGUUUUUCUUGACUUUUAUUCCCUAUACUUGCUGACACUUGUUGAAUAUUUAAGAUUUUACUUAAAUCAGUAACAUGGUACCCGAGUUUUGUUCUUGGUGUGAAUUAUCUUUCAAGACUCAUGAAAUUUUUAUUUAAAAAACAUAAUUUUACUUGCUGAAUGUCACAGUCAAGGAAGAACUACCAACUUUAAUGAAGUUUAUUUUGGGAAUUGAAGUAUAAAAAAACAAAAUCUAGGAACAUGAUUAUUAUACUUUUACUACUGUGUAAAUGAACUCUUAGUUUUACUUAUUAAGGCUGAUGGAGGGUUAUAAAAUUACCAAAUAAAUUUGUAAUUAUUGACCAAGCUCAGAAUGCUGUGUAUUUUCUUUCUUUUCCAGUAGUACAAUUUGGUUGUUGUUUUACAUUUACCAGGUAGUUAGGACCUUUUACUGUACUAAGUGUGGUAACACAGGCA